AUGGCUGGCAAAUGGCAAUUUUGGAUUGACCGGGGAGGAACAUUCACUGACUGUGUUGGUUUAUCUCCAUGUGGGAGACUUGUUGUCGCAAAAGUUUUAUCAGAGAGAACAGAAACGAAUGCAAAGACAUAUUCAGACGCAACGAAGGGAAUUCAACGUCUACUGAAGCUUGCACCGUCAGAUCCUCUGCCGUCUCAUCUCAUUGGGACGGUCAAAAUUGGGACAACGAUUGGAACGAAUGCUCUAUUGGAGCGUCAAGGUGCAAAAUGCAUCUACAUCACAACGAAAGGGUUUAAGGAUUCGCUGCGGAUCCGUCAUCAAACUCGCCCAGAUAUCUUUGCACUGAACAUAUUGAAGCCCUCACCACUCCAUUAUGAUGUCAUCGAAGUAGAAGAACGAGUACUCGCGACAGGUUCUGUUCUUAUUCCUCUCUCGUCAGCUGCACUUGUGUCUUUAAAAUGUCAAUUAAAAUCAAUCAAAGUAUUGAAUCCCCAUGUUGAUUCUUGUGCUGUUGUUUUCCUCCAUUCUUACCUUUACCCUGAUCAUGAAAUACAAGUGGGACGAGUGUGUCAGGAUGUCGGUUUUCGCUACGUGUAUUUGUCCCACUCAACAGAAUCCAUUCCCAAAUUUGUUCCAAGAGCAGAGACGACAGUCGUCGACGCCUACUUGACUCCACUAUUGGAUCACUAUGUCACAAAGCUCGCCUCCGAAAUCGCCGUCGAUCCAUCAAAUGUAUGUCCCAAACCCCCACUUGAUUCAAUAUUUCAGCCCGAUACAAAGGAGUCUCAUGAAGGCCACCUUUUGCUUAUGAAAUCAGAUGGCGGAUUAACAGAACCUGAAUAUUUCCGCGGACGUGAUAGUCUGUUAUCCGGACCGGCAGGUGGUGUUGUCGGUGCAUGGCGUCUCUGUCAGUCGUAUGGAUUCAAUCAUGUGAUUAGUUUCGAUAUGGGGGGAACAAGCACGGAUGUGAGCCAUCUUUCAAAUGGAGUUGCUCAUCGUGUUGAGUGCGAAAUUGGGGGAAUCAGUUUAUGUAGACCGACAUGUGACGUUGAAUCCAUAGCCAGUGGGGGUGGUUCCAUCGUCAAAUUUGAUGGAGUCAAGUUGAUGGUGGGGCCAGAAUCGGCGGGAGCCACUCCAGGAGUGAGUUUCAUGAAUCACUGA